UCUCUCUCUAUCUCUCACUCUCUCUCUCUUUCCAGAAUCGAUUAUCUUCUAAUGAGUUUGGUGAAGAGCUUCCUCUGUUUUGUGUUGGGAAGCAGGGGAAUCUGAAACAGGGCAAAACAGAGGAGAUGGGAAGCUUAGGAGAUUCUGGUGGGAAGGAGCUGAUUCUAAAUACUUCAAGCCCAAUUCUCAUAGAACUCACAAGAUUGGAAAAUUUACUUAGAGACAAGGAGAGAGAGCUAGCAGCUGCCCAAAAUGAAAAUAAAGCCUUAAAGGGAUCAGAAUUUCUCAAGGACAAAGCUGUGCUGGAGCUAAGCAGUGGGUUGAGGAAGUUUGAACAGAAGCUUGAAAGUGCAGAAAAACAGAUAGAGGACAAGAACCUUGAAAUCAAGAAGCUAAUUGGGGAGAAGAAGGCUGCAUUAUCAGCUCAGUUUGCUGCUGAAGCAACUCUGAGAAGAAUCCAUGCAAAUCCAAAGGAGGAGGAUGAUGCAGUUUCUGUUGGGACUCUUACUGCACCACUUGAAGCUGAAAUUAAAAUGUAUAAAAAUGAGAUUUCAGCUCUUCAAGAAGACAGAAAGGCUUCCAGUCGUCUUUUGAAAUCCAAAGAGUUAGCUUUAGUGGAAGCAGAAAAAAAUUUGAAUGCUGCUCUUGAAAGGGCUCUAAUGGUGGAGAAUUUACAAAAUCAGAAUCUUGAGUUGAAAAAACGAGUAGAAAUAUGCCUGGAGGAAAAUAAAUUUCAAGAAAAAAUAAAUCAUCAAAAGGUCAUCGAGGUCGAAAAGCUUUCUCAAACUAUUCAGGAACUUGAGGAGUGCAUUUUAGUUGGUGGCAAGGCCGCUAAUGCUGUCCGCGAUUAUCAGCGCCAAGUUGCUGAAUUAAACGAAGUGAGAAAGACUCUUGAGAGAGAGCUUGCAAAAACGAAGAUCUCUGCAAAUCGUGUUGCGACAGUUGUGGCGAAUGAGUGGAAAGACGAAGGUGACAAAGUCAUGCCUGUUAAACAAUGGCUUGAAGAGAGGAAGUUUUUGCAGGGUGAAAUACAACGGUUAAAGGACAAGUUAGUUAUAUCAGAAAGAAGUGCAAAGGCAGAAUCUCAACUCAAAGAUAAAUUCAAGCUUCGUCUGAGAACAUUGGAAGAUUGUUUCAAGCAAGUAACAGCUUCAUCAACCAUUAAAACUACAAAUUCUGAUCAGAACAUCAUAUUUUCUUCCUCAAAUAAUGCGCAACAAAAACGUUCUAUGUCUCAACCAAGAGCUACUUUUGCUUCUGCAAGUAAAUUGUCAGUAAAGCAGCAGUCUAAUUCUGCAACUAGAAGCGCUGAUUCUGCCAAAACUCUACUGAGAUCAAAUAGCCUGAAAGGAAACUUCAUUUCAAGUGAAAAUGUUAUAAGAAAGAACUUACGGACUUCUCGAAGUAAAUUUUAUGAUGAAAGUGGAAAGGAGAAUGUUGCAAAGAGGAAUAAUGUUGAUGAUCAUGAACAUGUUGGUGAUUCUAUUCCUCAAGAAAAUGAUGAUUCAGAAGUUACUACAAAUGAACAUCAUAACAUUGAAUCAAAUACUGAGAAUCAACAAGAUUUAUGCGAAGAUUUUGUUUCAGGUUUUCUGUAUGAUAGAUUGCAGAAGGAAGUUAUCAUUUUAAGAAAAUUGCAAGAGGAGAAAGAUGAGAUGUUGAAUGUUAAAGACGAUGACAUCAAGUUACUUAAAAGAAAAGUAGAUGCACUUACAAAGGCUAUGGAGGUGGAGACAAAGAUUAUGAGAAGAGCAGUUGCAGCAAGAGAAAAGGAAGCUCUUCAGAAAUCAGAGGAUAAUAAACAAAAGAUCAGAACUGCUAAUAUGAUUAGAAGGACAUUGAAGCUUUAAGUCUGCAGAAACUCAAAACAUAAUUAUCUGAAGAGCUAUGGUGUACAGAAUGAAAAAAAAAAAAACAUCUUAAAGUAUUACUAUGCUACAAAAAUCUAUAUGAAAUUUAGUGUUGUGAGCUGAUAGUUCGGUGACUUUGUAUAUUCUCAGAAAUACACACUGUUGAUGAA